GGAGGCUGAGGCAAGUGAUCGCUGGGUUGGAGGCUAGCCUGGGCUACACAGUGAAUUUAAAGCCAGCCUGAAUUGGCUCGGGAGAACCUGUCUGAAAGCAAACAACCAGACCCCUAAAACACAGAGCAGGAGAAGGCAUUUCUACCGAUCUCAAAUCGGAGAUGACGUCGAUUCUGAGGCGCCGGCCUUCGGGGCUGGGAGCUGCGUCAAACCCAAGUCCUAGGAUCACAGUGGAUGCCAGGAUAUCAGCCCCAGCAAAGGGAGCUAAAGGGCGUGGCUCUGCGUGAGAAAUCAGUACCGAGACCUAGAUUAAGUGUUUGGUACUUGGAGAUUGCUCUUUGGAAGCUCAGCUCUGGAAGACGCGCAAGGGAAAGGCGCGGGCUGCGUUCUGAGCUUCGAAACUCUGGGACAAUGUUGGAAGAUGAGGCCUGGGGAGUCCCGACGAUGCGAAAAUGAAUAAGAAAAAGGAAAUGGAGAGAUGAUUAGGAGAGUUUGUAAAAGCAGUGGGCCUUUUUCAACUUCAAGACAAACAGCUCACCACCGCUUUCCAAACUCCAACAGCAGCUCCCAGGCGGCACCCUUGCGUGAGGCGUGCGACCUGCCUGUCUUUGCACGGCCAAUGAGCGAAGGGUUCCGUCAGCGCGCGGCCAAUGGGAGUCGUUCACCGCCUGCGCGCGGCCAAUGGGAGGCAGCGCUCACCUCCGUCUCCAUUGACAACUGCGGAGCAGUUCACCACGGAUCUAACACGGGCUCUUUCCCCGCGUAGAGCUGCAGUAUUGCGCUCUGGAAAGGUUUGCAGUGUGCUGCUCCGGGACCCGCUGCGCCUGCAGUUUCUGAGAAGAGCGACGGAUUUACUCAUCCGGAUGGACGCGAUCCUGGGCUACAGGGUGGACGACGGUGAAGAUUACUACGCGCUGCUGGGCUGCGACGAGCUCUCCUCGGUUGAACAAAUCCUGGCAGAAUUUAAGAUCCGGGCUCUGGAAUGUCAUCCUGACAAGCACCCUGAGGACCCCAAAGCUGUGGAGACUUUCCAAAAGCUGCAGAAGGCGAAGGAGAUUCUGGCGGAUGAGGACAGCCGAGCGCGCUACGACCGCUGGAGGAGAAGCCGGGUGGCCGUGCCCUUCGAGCAGUGGGAAGCCCUGGCCGGCUGCAUGCAAGCGUCCAUGCACUGGGCUGUCAGAAGUAAGAAAGACCUGAUGCUGGAAGAGGCUGGCCAGACCCAGACCAAGGAGAUGAGAAGCGCGGGAUGGAACGAGCAGGGAGAACCGGAGGAAGUGGAGCUGGGCUCAGCGCCAGAGGAAAUGCUGCGAAGAGAAUCUGAGCUGCUUGGAAAGUCAGCCUUUGUGCCCGCCCCAGGUGCCCCGGGUUCUUCAGGCCUGAGCUCCUGGCACCUCCGUUUCCGCUGGUCAGCGGACGCCCCUUCUGAGCUCCUGAGGAAGUUCAGAAACUACGAGGUGUGAGAAGGAGGAGAGGGCAGAGGACAGAGGGCAGGGCCGCCGCCCGUGCCGGCGCCCGCCCAGCCUCACAUCGCGGGUGCCCGCGCCUGUGUCUUGGAGUUCGUUUUUUCACUGCGGUUAUUUUGAUGUUGCUUUUGGUGCUGGAACUUGAACCCAGGGCCUAUGCACACUCUACCCCCACCCCCAUGUGUGUGUGUAAGUGUGGAUUUUAUAGAAGGCUGCUUUCUUUCAAUAUUGUAUAAAUUAAGGUUUUUGUAUCCAAGUAGGCAGUGUUAUAUGUGUUUUCUGCUAUGCUAUUUAUAGGAACCUAUUUAAAAAUUGGUCUCUGUAUUAAAAUAUUUUAUUGAUGUAUCAUGAUCUCUAUUUGUUAGUGCUGGAUGUACAAAUCAUGUUUCCUGACUCUGUAGUUCAGUGAAAUUACUUGCUUAAACUCCGUGGUGAAAUAAAUAACUUUCCUAAAGUUCAUAAGUGUAUUUUUAAUUCAACUGUAUUUUUAUAAUAUUUCA